AUGGCAACUGUCGUUAAGAAGAAAGCGGUGUACGUUCGGGGGCCAAAUGGCAUCUACCGGAAGAAGAGCUACGAUGCGCCUUCCAUCAUAUCCAAUGAUUCAGAGUUGACCAGACGGAAAGAUGAAGUGGACUCCGCUUUGAAUGACUUGAUGGUUUGUGGUUUCCAAGUCCAGGAGAACCCGCUCCCGACUACCAAAAGGGCUAAUAUGAAAACAAAGCGAGCCUCCCCAACAUCUAGCCUUGACUCAACUCACACAGCAGAGCAACCUUUUCGAAAGCCUUCUUCUCCUCGAAUCUCAUUCAAGGGACCUUUUGCGGAAAAUUCCCCCAAACUUUCAACGUCCAUAAUGGAGAGAAUCAACCUGUUCAGUGGGGGCUUCACGCCUCUGUCAGCCGCUAAUUUUGCAAUUCCAUAUGUCUUGGGAGUGCUAACAGCGGUGCUUAUUCAACAAAAAUGGGACGCCUUGGCCCAGUAUGCUAAAAUGUUAACCUAUUUGCUUUUCGUGGGGGUGUUCUGGGCCGUCUUGGCCACUGCUGCAUUCUGGUACGCUGGUAUUCUUACUAUUCCUAGCUGGGAAUGUGUCAGAGACACUCUACGAAAUGUCUUCUGGCGUGCUAACAUGCUUUCGUCUCCUGAAAAACCGGUCAAUUAUCACCUUGAUCACAGAGACAGAAGGACAGACAGUAUUGAUACCGAUACGGGGUCAGUUCUUCUGUCUGAUGCAGACUCUGAAAUCGAGCCCAAGUCCAAAAUGAGAACGGAGUCGGAACCUCAUCUUGUACGAGAGCCAUCCCCUCAAAGGCUAAUUAAUGUUCGUCCUUUUGUUCCUCCUAGGAGAGAUAGUGCUGACUCCAAAUUGAGUCAAGUCCCGCAGCCGCUAUUAAAUCGAUUUCAUACAGAUGGCGUAUCCACCGCCAAGAAGAGCCGAUUCCGUCUACAACUGCCAGAAAGAGAGCGCCCGAAGGAUCCGAGGCGGCACUCAUCUGCUUCCUUGGAACUCACUUCAAAAGAUUUGCAUAAGCCCCUACCAGCCUUGCGUAAGGCUCCUUUCGUAUCAGGUGAUUCCGAGUCUCUGGAUUUGCCUUUAGUUCAUGAGGUUAAGCUUAAGAGUAGGUUUGAUGAACAGUUAGAAGCAUUGCACAAAAACGGAGAAGGUAUAGGGAGACUGGACACAAUGCUCAGCAAGAACUCUAUGCUUGGUACGAGAGCAAACAAAAGGACAUUUUUGUCUAAUGUUGAUGAAGCUUAA